UCUGUCGUUUUAGGGUCUUUGGCCAAAUUGGGCGAGGGUACACAAUAACCACUUACCCCUUCUCACCGAGGACGAACGGGAGAAAGGGACCAAUUUGGAUAAUAUACUAUUAGUCUGAAAGAAGACAUAGCAGUUCUUGUCACAGCACCAUCACAUCCUACCACCCUCUCUAAGAAGGAUGUAGACUGUACAUGUAUUUACAUUGUCAAGACAAUGCAAGGGGCUUCCUUUAUUCAGUGAUCCUGAAAAAGGUAUGGCACAGGCACACGGCUGGGUGAAGAGAUACUUCAAGGCCUUUUAUAAAGGCUUCUUUGUGGCAGUGCCGGUGGCAGUGACUUUCUUGGAUCGGGUUGCCUGUGUGGCAAGAGUGGAAGGAGCAUCUAUGCAGCCUUCUUUGAAUCCUGGGGGAAGCCAGUCAUCGGAUGUGGUACUUUUGAAUCACUGGAAAGUGAGGAAUUUUGAAGUACACCGUGGUGACAUUGUGUCGUUAGUGUCUCCUAAAAACCCAGAACAGAAAAUCAUUAAGAGAGUGAUUGCUCUUGAAGGAGAUAUUAUAAGAACCAUAGGACAUAAAAACCGGUAUGUCAAAGUCCCUCGUGGUCACAUUUGGGUUGAAGGUGAUCAUCAUGGACACAGUUUUGACAGUAAUUCUUUUGGUCCGGUUUCUCUGGGACUUCUACAUGCCCUUGCUACACAUAUUCUGUGGCCACCAGAGCGCUGGCAGAAACUGGAAUCUGUGCUUCCUCCAGAGCGGUCCCCAGUGGUUCAAAGUGAAGAGUAAUGACUGCACGUUGCCACCCGAGUGCCCGGCGCUGAGCUGGUGAUAGGUGUACUAUGGUGCAAGAAAGCUUUGCGUCAUACUAAAGUGGUCUGUAUUCUUUAAGAAGGUUUUCUUUAUUAAACAGUAUU